AUGAUGUUGGAUGAAAAUGAUGGUUCCGAUAUGGAGUUGGACUCCGAUACGUCUCUCGACGCAUAUCAUAUUUACAGUAAUGUUUCUACUAAAAAUCAGUGUUCAAAGACACAAACUUCUCAAAAUUCGGACCGGGACAAUGAUAAGUCAUCUGAUAGAGAACAAUUAAAAAUUUCGCAAUCAUCACCUUCUCGACGUGGGGAAGCUUCUUAUUACGGAAACGAUCGCAUUAAGCAUUCCGGUUACCUUAUGAAUAACCCUCCAAAAUCUUAUAAAUCUCCGAGUAAAUCACUCACAACUGUUAACGUUAGUAACGGUCAAAGACCGAUAGAGAGGCGCGAAAGAAUUAAAUUUGAAUUGAAGAGCACUGGAUAUAAAAAUAAAUUGCAAUCUACUAAUUCUAACAUGUCAAUAAAAAAUAAUUCUGACGCGAGUAGAAAUAAAAAGGAUUACGUGAGGGAGACACAAUUGUCUCCUCUUAUGAAUAAAUCUUUAUUGUCAUCUGUAACAUCGUAUCCUUCAUAUAAUGUGACCAAAAAAAUCGAUCCACCGACUUCAUCAGCGUUAAAACAUGUAAAAGAUGAUUCAGUGCGCAAGUAUGAUGAUAAAAGUGCAACUGAAAGUAAUUUUAAGGAUCGAGCCACGAGGAAUCUCGUAACCGUAGGAAAAGGAUCUGAUCAUUCAUUUGAAAAAAUCGGUAAUAAAAGUCUUUCAUUAGUUGAAAAAGGUUCCUCAACUAUGAUGAAAGGCAAUGCAGGAUUGAUCGUGGAAAAUUCAAUGAGUAUAGAAAAAGGUAUUAAUCAAAAAGUUAAUGAUUUUACCACUUCGAAGCUGGUCGUAAAAAAUCCUUUAACUGCAAUAAGAGGUAAUGACCAAUCGCAAAAACAAGAAGCUGACGAAAAUUCUGUCAUUUUAGAAAAAUUUCCGAGUCAAGUGGAAAGCCAGACCGUUAAUGACGACAAACCCAAAGCACAAGAGUCAAGUUCAAAAGUUGUGCAAAAGGAACAAACUGAGAAGAAACGUCAAAUUACGGAAUUGCCAAUCGCGAAUGAUAAAAUUAUCAAGAACGAUGUAACUAGUAAAAACUCUGGAGAUGAUAAAAAUAAUAAGAUCAAUGAGGUAAUCGUAUUGUCUGAUCAAGAUCACCAUCCCAAAGAUGAUAUCAUUAUCGAGAUAAGUGGAGACAGCGCAUCAUCUGGAAACGAGAUUGAUGAAAGCGAUAAAUCUGAGACCAAUAAUUCUCUGGAGAAAGGUAAAUCUAAAUCUAAAGGCAAACAAAUGGCUACGCCUGCAAAUCAAACAUCAUCUCCAAGCAAAACUGAAGUAGCCAGCAAAGUAUUUGAAAAUAUUUGUCACUUGGACCAUCUUGCUGAUCUGAUGACAAAUUUGACAGACAAGAUAAGUAAAAAUUCUCAAAUGGUUCAACCAAUUAGUCAAGAUACGCAACAUUCUAGCCAGGAAACUCGGCCCAUUAACCAGGAUACGCAACUGGCUAAACAUUUGGAUCAACCAAAUGGGCAAGCAAAUCAAGAAGAGUCAACACAAUCUACUAUUCAAGGAUCCCAACCUGAUGAAGAAAUCACCCCUUCAGAGCUAUCAAACGAGAUAAUUGAAAAAUAUCGCGAAUUGGAUAAUACUCUAUCAGAAUUCGAUAAGAUAGCAAAAAAAGCGGUUAGUGCGUAUGGGGAAUUAAAUAAAUUAUUACCAGAGGGAACUAUGGUUAAGAUAGAUCCUCCUUCCACCUAUAAAUGGGAUAUAAUAGCUAGUAUGCUUGGUAUUGCUGAUAUUAAUAAGAUAAAGAUCAAUCAAGUGGGAUCGGAUACGGAAGAUCAUAAGAAAAAUUCUAUGGAAGAUGAACAAAAAGAUGUAAAGAAUGAAUCCAAUGUGGUGAUGGAGAUUUCAUCUGAAGCAGAAUUCGACGAAGAAGAAUUAGAUGUGCUAUCGGAUGAUCCAGAUGAUAAGAACUUUAAGUGCAGGUCGACAAUCUUGAGAUAUCCGAAUCCAAAAAGGUGGCAUAACACAAGAAGUAACAGACCGCCUAGUGCUAAUCUUCGCCAACGUACACGAGUUGUUUCUGACUCUUUUAAUAUUCCGACUGCAUCCAUUACACAUAACAGCCCUUCAAAGAAAAAACUGUCUCAUCCUACCCCCAAAAGAUCUUUAAGAGCAAGAAAAGCCGAAAAUGAAGAAGAAGAUACCCCAACUCCAACCCCGAAUUCUGAUAAAGUUUAUGAAGAUGGAAGACCAAGAAGGCCUGGUAAUGGUUUUAGUUACUUUUGUGGCGAUAUAUGUGCAAAAGUAAGGAAUGAAAAAUUGAAUAUCAGUGGUACAAUAGCAUAUGCUGCCGAAAUAUGGAAAAAAAUGUCAGCUGAGGAGAAACAACCUUGGUUAGAUAGAGGUGCAAAGUCGAAAAUUGAGUAUCAAGAGCAAAUAACUAAAUGGAAGGAACAGCAAACACCUAAUAAUACAAAAAAGAGGAAGGGUUCUUCAAAACAUGGCUCGUCUUCUAAAAGACCUCGUAAUGAUUGA